ACUUAGACUCUGUUUUAGGCGUCUAAGAAAGUGCCUGUGUAAAAAGACGAAUGAGCUGCCUUCUGCCUAUUCCCCCGCCCCUACCCCGUACUGAAACUUAACAGUGUAUCUCCUCAUCAUAGUCCAGCGUUUGGUGGGACGGCCUGGAAAAUCUGGCUGUGCCAGUACAUUUAGGCCUUUUAAAGACAGCCUUAGCUGGGGUCCUAGUCUAGUCCGGAAAAACUUUACCUGAAAGAAGGGAGGAAUUUGCACGUGGGAAACAGCGCGAUGCGGAAUCGGGGAGGAAAUCAUCCUUUUGGAGGGGAUCCCAGGCUGAAACAGCGAGUUAAACAGUAUCUAAGCAGUAAUAAAUGUGGCCAGUAUGUUAACACUGAGAUUCUAGCAGCAGAACUACAGAAAAUAUAUAGUGCUGAUUAUGGACGAAGAAAAAGAAAUGCCUUUAGAAUACAGGUUGAGAAAGUUAUUGGGAUAAUCAAAGAUGAGAUAAAAUCUACAGAUUUAGCCACUCUAGAAGAUGAAUAUUUCACAAAGAAAGCAAAAAGGGAUGAAAAUGAUUCAGAGACCAGCUUGGAUACUUCUGAUACCGAUACUGAACAUCCUGUAAGUAUCAUUGCUUACAUGAGCUAUUAUUUGUGGCUGUUUUCCUACUUUUUAAAACUGCAAUCAGCUGAGAUUGUUCUUUUAAUAUUUUCUUGUUUUUCUGCAGUUAAAUCAAGAGAAAUAGAGCUGCAAACUUCCUCAGUGACAUUUGAGGAUAUAGGAGGCAAUGAUGAGAUUUUGAAGGAGAUAUGUAAGAUGCUGAUACAUAUCCGUCAUCCUGAAGUCUACACUCAUUUAGGAGCUGUUCCUCCUCGAGGAUUUCUUUUGCACGGACCACCAGGGUGUGGGAAGACAUUACUAGCACAAGCAAUUGCCGGGGAACUUGAAUUACCAAUACUCAAAGUUGCUGCAACUGAAAUUGUAUCUGGAGUGUCUGGUGAUUCUGAACAGAAAUUAAGGGAACUCUUUGAUCAAGCUGUGACCAAUGCACCAUGCAUCCUUUUCAUAGAUGAAAUUGAUGCUAUCACACCAAAAAGAGAAAUGGCCUCAAAGGACAUGGAGCGGAGAAUUGUAGCCCAGCUUCUGACUUGCAUGGAUGAUUUGAAUACGUUGACCACUGCACCUCAGGUCCUUGUAAUUGGAGCAACCAACAGGCCCGAUGCACUGGACCCAGCCCUGAGACGGGCGGGAAGAUUUGACCGAGAAAUUUGUUUGGGGAUUCCAGAUGAAGCAGCAAGAGAAAAAAUCCUGAAGACAUUGUGUCGAAAGCUUCGAAUUCAAGAAUCUUUUGAUUUUAGACAUUUGGCUCAUUUGACUCCAGGCUACGUUGGUGCUGAUCUUCUGGCCCUUUGCCGUGAGGCAGCAAUGUGCACAGUGAACAGAGUUCUUGUUAAACUAAAUGGGAAGAAAUGGGAAGUCACGAAAAAUGAAGAAGUAACACCUGGACAAGACAUGCAAAGGACACCAGAAGAAAAUGUGAAAAAAGAUGCCGAAGAACCAGAUCUUCUCACUAAUGAUGAAUUGCAAAGAUUGCUCCAGUUGCUGAAGGAGCCAGAUCCCCUGGGGGAGGCUCAGCUGCAGAAGCUGUGCAUUGAGCUGAAGGAUUUCACUGUUGCUCUCCCUUCGGUGCAACCCUCUGCAAAGAGAGAAGGCUUUGUCACUGUUCCUGAUGUGACGUGGGCAGAUAUUGGAGCCCUGGAAGAGGUUCGGGAGGAGCUGACCAUGGCUAUACUGGCACCUGUGAGGAAUCCUGAACAAUUCCAAGCCCUUGGACUUCUAGCUCCAGCUGGUGUGCUGCUUGCUGGUCCUCCUGGAUGUGGCAAAACACUGCUUGCGAAGGCCGUAGCAAAUGAAUCUGGACUGAACUUCAUUUCAGUGAAAGGCCCUGAACUAUUGAAUAUGUACGUGGGAGAAAGUGAACGUGCUGUUCGUCAGGUUUUCCAGCGUGCAAGAAAUUCAGCGCCUUGUGUCAUAUUCUUUGAUGAAGUUGAUGCUUUAUGCCCUCGGAGAUCAGACCGUGAAUCAGGCGCCAGUGUCCGAGUAGUGAACCAAUUGCUUACUGAGAUGGAUGGCCUGGAAUCACGCCGUCAAGUCUUCAUUAUGGCAGCCACAAAUAGACCAGAUAUUAUAGACCCAGCUAUUUUGCGUCCAGGAAGGUUGGAUAAAACACUUUAUGUUGGUUUGCCACCACCUUUGGAUCGCCUUGCAAUUUUAAAGACUAUUACUAAAGAUGGAACUGUACCCCCACUUGAUAUUGAUGUGCACCUGGAAGAAAUUGCUUACAAUCCCUCCUGUGAUUGCUUUACGGGAGCAGAUCUUUCAGCUCUAGUGCGAGAAGCUUCUGUUUGUGCCCUAAAACAGCAAAUGACAAUGUUCAGUCCUGCAAAUAAGAACAGGGAAAUUAAAGUUGGCAAAAAACAUUUUGAAGAAGCUUUUAAGAAAGUGAAAUCCUCUAUAACUCCAAAGGACCAAAUAAUGUAUGAAGAACUGCGCCAAUCAUUGAACCGGUGACACUUGGAUGACACAUGUUUGCCAUGCAUUCUCCUCAUCCUGUUUUCCAGAAGGCCCUUUAUGAUAUAGAACAUCAUCUCCGUUUUGUAUGCCUAUAAUUUCAGAAUUGUUGAACUUCUUUUAAAGGAUUUAUAUGUUGUUAACCUAUAACAGAAGCCUCCAAACUUGGCAAGUUGAAGAUUUGUGGACUUCAACUCCCAGAAUUGGGAGUUGAAGUCCACAAGUCUUCAACUUGCCAAGUUUGGAGACCCCUGACCUGUAACCUAGCUCUUCCUUUAGCAGCAGGGCUCUUUCAAAAACCAUCUCUCUGAUAAGAGUGCUCUGCCUGAUAUCAGCUGAUCCAAGUCCGAAAAGACUAUUUGAAUGCCUGGGAAUCUGUUGCACAGUACACUUAGUGUACACAGCACAGUAUACUUAGUAAAUGAAUCACUGAUUUUCUAUAAACUAUGCAAGUCCCCAUAUUUCAAGUAAAAGACAAUACAAAGUAGUCAGGCAUUAUAGCCUCCCACCUGUAAGGAGAGCAUACGUGCUUGUAUGUAUUGUAAGAUGAUAUAAUAAACCACACUCAGCACAAGUAUCUUUAUCACUUUAAAAAAAAUUCCUUUAAUUUGUAAAAGUGCAAGCAUAAAAUAUUUUU